AUGCUCAGAAUAUGCCUAAAUCGGACUCGUUUGACCCUCCCACGAAUCUCCCACCGUUUCAUGAAUGAAGCAACUGCUCUCAGAAUCCUAGAGCUUGAAGCGAACCCGUCUAAAGAUGCACUCAAGAAGGCGUAUAAGGACAAAUCCCGUGUUCUUCAUCCAGACAUGCCUACUGGAGACGAAGCGAAGUUCCAGGAGUUGAAAGAAGCGUAUGAAGUGUUGGAAGAGCUGAGAACAAGGCCGUAUUCCAGAGCAGCGGCGGGAAGAAGCGAGGAAAGCCCUCAUGUUGCCGCUCAUCGGGAAGCUCAAAGAAAAGCAGCAGCAGAAUUGAAUACGGCCCGCGAGAGUGCAGUCCAGGGGUGGAUAUUUUGA